UGGUCCCGGGCGUGCUCCACAGCCCUUUUCCAACCGUCGUCCCUCAUUUCUUCGACAUUCCCGCACCUGCAUCAACCUGGACCCCUACGCCUGCUGCUAUCCCACUUCAAACCCUUUGAUACGCACCGGACUCCCCCUCCGCAUACAGCAAAACUCGACGUCAGGCCAGAGGAACCAUCAAAAGAAAGCAACAAAACGAACCCUGGAAUGAGAUGAACUAGACCUCUUAGACCGAUCCAAUCAACAAUCACUCCAGGACGCCCCUUUGUCUUGUGUCACACAGAAUCGUUGAACGACUCACAUCACACUCACAAUGCACUCAGAAUCACGGGAACUGCCCCAUGGAUGGGCUUCUCUUGAGGAGAGAUAUGAGGUGAUGAAAGAGAUAGGUGACGGUAGCUUCGGCAGCGUUGCUCUUGCACGCGUCCGCACUGCUGGUGCUCACAUUGCCCGUCGCGGCACUCUGGUCGCGAUCAAGACAAUGAAGAAGACCUUCGACUCAUUCUCAAGCUGUCUGGAACUGCGAGAAGUCAUCUUCCUUCGGUCGCUUCCUCCUCAUCCUCAUUUGGUACCUGCAUUAGACAUCUUCCUAGACCCCUACAGCAGGAGACUUCACAUCGCCAUGGAGUACAUGGACGGCAAUCUGUACCAACUAAUGAAGGCGAGAGACCACAAGCCUCUAGACGCCUCCAGCGUACAGAGCAUCCUCUUCCAGAUCCUUGCAGGUCUCGAGCACAUCCACGCACGCGAGUUCUUUCAUCGCGACAUUAAGCCAGAGAACAUCCUUGUCUCGACAUCACAGCAGAACGACUCGUCACAUCCUUUCCGUCGCUACUCGGCAAUGAUGACACCCCCGUCGACUCCUCCCGCGUACACUAUCAAGAUCGCCGACUUUGGCCUCGCACGCGAGACACACUCAAAGCUCCCCUACACAACAUACGUGUCGACGCGAUGGUAUCGCGCACCUGAGGUCCUCCUUCGCGCCGGCGAGUACUCAGCUCCCGUUGAUAUCUGGGCCGUUGGUGCUAUGGCUGUUGAGAUCGCGACAUUGAAGCCGCUCUUCCCUGGUGGUAAUGAGGUCGAUCAGGUGUGGAGGGUCUGCGAGAUCAUGGGCAGCCCCGGUGGCUGGAUCAACAAGCACGGCCAGCCCGUCGGUGGUGGUGAAUGGAAAGACGGCGUCAGACUCGCGCAGAAGCUGGGCUUCUCAUUCCCGAAGAUGGCUCCUCACUCGCUCGACACGAUUCUCCAGACACCGCAGUGGCCUGCCAGCUUGGCCAAGUUUGUCACCUGGUGUCUGCUGUGGGACCCCAAGAACAGGCCCACAUCCACUCAGGCUCUCGCUCACGACUACUUCCAAAACGCCGUCGACCCUCUGCGCCUGAAGUCGUCGUCUUCGCGUCUGUUGGGCCGCAAGCAGUCCGAUCUCUCAUGCAAAGACUCUCCGGACGCUUCCCCCAGCAUCACAUCGAAGACCUCGUCAUGGCUGCGCAGAUCACUGGUCGCUCGUGAAAGCGCCCCAGCUGUUCCCCAGCACAUCACUCCAGUACAGCAAAUGUCACCCCGCCCAUUGCCGCAGCAAGCCAACACGAGCGACCCAAGUGGGUCAAUUAAGCAGCGUCCCAACCCAGCUAAGCGGGCUACGUGGACAAACGGAGUGCCCAACAACGGCGCCCCCAUCCCGAUCCUACCCUCCAUCAGGCCAGUGUCCCCUAUCUCCGCAGAAGUCACAGCGCAAGCAAGCUUGCGUGCUGCCGAGAAGGAGGGAAAGGCCAAGAUCGGACGCCAGUUGUCACUUGCGUCCCACGGAAACCACUAUGCAGACGUGCAUCGACAAGAAGCAGAGAGGGCAUUGGAGGGCAAGUCAGGCCUGGCAUCUCCAGCAAGCGGUCAUAAGGAGGGCUUCUUCUCCCACCUCCGCAAGCGCGCUCGACGCCUUUCCGGACGUUACCCAACUCCUAUGUCGCCCAACUCAGACGAUGUUGAGGCUAACGCAGGUUGUGCUCCUUGGGCGGGCUCCGCUCGAUCGUCCAUAAUUGUCGAUCAGCCAGCCGCCGCAGCACCGUCGACGAAUCCCGACUACUCGGAAUUGGACAAGGCUCUCCAGCACGUGAGGUGCACAGUCGAGAACAAUGCGGCCAAGCAGCGCGUCGCAUCGAAUCCCGUGCUUAAGAGGCACCACUCGGUGCCCCACGGCCCUGAGCCCCGCGUCACUGAGAACGGCAUUGGUGGGCCCAUCUCCAGCAGGACGAGGCGUGCGGUUCAAAGUAAAUCGAACCCCUCGAAUCCCCCCAACAAGUACGAAACCCCCAAUGAAGAGGAAGAGCUUCUCAGUGAAGUUCUUGCUUCAGCCCACAAGGCUGCAAAGAAGCUGGACAAUCAGCAGAGGGCACCACGCCACUCCCAUUCCCACACCGAGCCUAUGGCAUCCUACCUGACUCCUUCACCAUCUGCGAAUCGCAACACUGCAUUCAACCAGAACAACUACGCUACCCCUAGCAAGCCUAUGGAUAUCAACAAACCUUACCCUACACAGAACGAGAACGUCUCGAAAUGGCCCACACCGCCUGAUGACUCAGACUGGGCAAGCAGCGUAGCAGCGAGUCUCAUGGCAACGCAAUCGCUAUACCGGUAAUGCUCCGGCUCGAAACCCUUUCGCUUCGUUCUCAACUCUUUCGAUCGCAUACUAAGUGUAAUUUACGGCCUACAUCUCCAUCACCAGUAUAUGCUCGCCCCAAUUACCGUUCACUCGGUUAUAACCGCACGACAUUGAGCCUCGGUCUCCCGUCUGGAACGGUGCAAAUAUG